CCGGACGUGUGUCACGAGGCAAGCUGAACGGCUUUUCGACUCUGCACCGGCCAGCCCUUGCCGGGGCCUGCUGAGAUGGGGCCUUGCCUUGCCUGGAGGCGUGUUCAGCGGCGAUAUAUUCAAGAUUUACGCUAAGGCGGCAGGCAUGCUGGCGGUGCUGGUGGUGCAAGGAGUGCUAAUGCUGGCGGCCUUCUGUGAAGGCCACUGUCCUGCCAGCUGCCGCUGCAGCGACUAUGUACACAAGACAUUCUGCCGCGGCUCGUGCGACGGUUCACUGCCACCCGAUAUUAGCCCCCAAACAGUAGAUCUCUCCGCCAUCGGCUACAACCUCACUGUGCUGCGACGCCGCGACCUGCAAGGGUGGCCGGGCCUCACGGACCUCACCCUCGACGACAACCAUGUGUUUGAGGUGGAGCCAAACACCUUCCACGACCUGGCGGGCCUGGUGACGCUCAGCCUGCAGGACAACCUGUUCGAGCGAUUGGACCGCGACUUGUUGGCGGGCUGCCCCAGGCUCGAAGCACUCCACCUCGGCCAGAGCUCUGCACUCAGGUUCCCUGCUGACGGCAGCUUCCUCAACUCUGCCUCACUCAGGUCGCUGUUCCUCGAAAACUGCCGCAAGCUGAGCACUCGGCGCGACUUUAACAGCAGCGCCGUGGUCCGAGUCCUGGACAUGCGCCACUUUGCAGGACUGAAAAACCUCAAAGAGCUCUCCGUCAGGAACAGCGGGAUCGAUAUCCUGGAAGUUACUGUCCCCAUAGAGUCUUGCAGCCUCGUUAGCUUCGAUCUGAGGAACAACUUCCUCGAGACCAUACCCUCUGGGUUCUUCAUGCCCUUUUUGGCACUCGAGGUUCUUUACUUGGGCAACAACAAGCUGGAAAUCCUCUCUGUCGGCGUUUUUACCCCACUGAAGAUCCUUAAAAGGCUGUUCCUGGGCAGCAACAGCCUGCAGCAGCUGAGCGAGGGGUUGUUCGAGGGCCUAACGAGGCUGGAGUUGUUGGACCUGAGCGAGAACAAUUUGGUGAGGCUGGAUGCUGGCUUGUUCCGUGGUCUGGGCAGUCUGCGCGCGUUACUGCUUGCUGACAAUGCCCUCACCAGCCUCGAUGGAGCGCUCCUAGUGCCACUCAAGAACCUCGAGUCGCUGGACCUCACACAUAACCCAAUGGAAACUGCGCAAGCAUCGUGGUUCUCGGCGCUGGAGAGUCUGGACGAGGUGCGGCUGACCACGCCGUGCGAUUGCGCCCUACGGCGGCUGUGGGAGGACAUGGUGACAGCGAGGGUACGGGUGGUCGCCUCAUGCGGAGCCAUAGGUGAGCUGACCAAUGACUCGUUCUCUGGCCUCAGCUGCACCUCCGCCAUGACCGCAGGUGCUCUCGGCUCCUCUCCGGCAGUGUGGAUCUCCGUGGUGACCUCGCUGACAUUGCUGCUGGCCGUUACAGGAGUCAUCGCGGCUGUGGUCGCCUGUCACCGUAACAGGAGGGCACUAGCCGUAGACCAUGGCUCUUACCACGGGGUGUCGACCGGCGACACGCUCGUCCUGCCCAGUAAGCCCUGCAGUACCAGGCCCCCUUCCAGGCCUCCUAACUUGCAGCCUGACGAGGACUGAGGCACACUGACCUUCGGAUCCUGUCGGAGGUUUGUGGAGUGGUGCAGCUUUAACUGUGAACUAUUCUAGUGGGUAUCGUUCACAAGACUUUGGCCUGCUAAAUUGUAGUUAUUAUGCUCGAUUAUGUACUUUUUAGUGGCCAGCUACCAUUUGGUUUAUUUUUAUUUCAAAAAUCAUGUUCACAAUUUUUUGUAUAAUUUUCUUUAUUCAUACAACUGUACAGACGUGAAGUUAUUUUAAUGUUUUUUUUAUAAGUUCUAUGUAAAUCGGAUUUUUAAACUAAGUUAAAUCAUAAAGUCAUAAAGAAGCAAAGUUUAAUUUUUUUUUUCUUAAAUAACAACACGUUCUGCUUAUUUAGUAAAUGUGAUAGUUCGUGAUUUAAAAUUUCGUCAUGUAGAUAUGAAUGGUGGUAUUUCUUCAUGUACUAUUUUUAACAUGAAUUUAAAAUUGAACGAAAUUAAUUUUAUUUCGCAGAAGUUCGUUUUCUCUAAAUUCACUCAGUGCUUGCUGUUUCCAGCUUCAUCUGGGUCUCUGUGGUCACUGAGGUUCAUAUAGAAUUUACGGCUGAUAGUUAGGUGAGUAAGUAAGCAAAGAGAUACUAUGUUUUUGUGGAUAGAUAACACGCUUCCCACCAUGGUAGCUGCAGCCAUUAUGCAGCAGGACCAAAUGAUGUAUGUUUGCAAGUAUGAAAUGUGGCGGAUGUUGCCGAGAAACAGUUGGGUCUCUCCAAUGGAGCAUUCCGUCGCUGCUUCUUCCACAUCGCUCCCCCUCGCCGUUUACAAUGACCUAAUGUUGUGUGUAACCACCCGAAGUUUAGGCCAGGUGAGUUCAGCAGAUUAACCAAGUGUAUUUUUCUUGUAUAGUAUCAUUCUAAAAAUUCAAUUUGUUUGUUAUUUUUAAUUAUAAAAAAAUUAUUUUGGAAAAAUGUAUACAUUUUCUGUUUCUUAUAAUCUCAAUUUAUUUUAACAACAUGUUUCAGUUAGAAACAACUACAAAACCAUAUUCAAAUUUUCGUAGAGCCUCCACUACAAUGUGUCUCGUAUGAAUGUUUUUGUUUUUUAAUUAGCUCAAUAAACUGAUUUUCUUGUAAAAUCUAGAAUUUUGUACGUAAAGUGUUGUA